AUGUCCUCCGAUUCGAAUUCAGCGGAGUCUAUUGAGUGGGUUUCUCCUAUAGCCGGCUUAUUACAUAUGCCAUCGAUGCAUCAGCUUGAGUCAAAUGGCUACCCCAAUCACGCGCUAUACUAUCUACACAAAAGGAUGCUGGAAGUUAUAAUCUACCCGGAAUCGUACUAUAAUCAGCCUUGGUGCCUUCAAGAUUGGUCUGGUACUCCUGGUCCUUCCUCCCCCCUUGGGAAUGAUAAGGAGGGGGCUGCGGCGCCCGACGGCUUCUCGGAAGAGGUUGACAUCCCUAAGGUUCCAGAUGAAGCUAAACAAGCCAGUUCGAUGGAAGAAGAUGUAGUUCUGCACAACCUCUGCGUCACACUUGUUUCCACAGAAUACGUGACACCCCCGACACCUCCUAUGGGCGCAACGCCUUGCUAUACACCUCCGGAAUUUGAGGAACCCGCAUUUACUACGCACGACGAGCACGCCUGCCGCAUUGCUAGGAUGGUUGUAUCUAGUGGUGUGACAGAGUUGGAUAACCGAGUGAUCGAGAAAAUGGAAGUGGAAUUGGCGCGUGGAAAUACAUGGCCUUCAGGCAGAUGUCCUUGUGACAAGAGUGAAAAGAAGCGCACUCUUUUGGAAGAGAUGGCGGUAACAGGCACAUUCUACCCACCGGUUGUUCACAGCAAUGCGUUUGUUUUUCUUGCUUGCUACCUUUGGCCUCACAUUGGGUGCACUCGGAGCGGCGAAUGUGACCUGACAUCUGGCAGGACAUGUGGAACGGUUCCAACAGAAGAGUUUAUUAGUCUGGCUGAGACCAACUUUGCGUCCAAGCUCGAGUCGGACCCAGAACCUCAGGCCAAGAACUCAGGAAAUGGGACGUCCGGCUCUGUGACGCUUGAUGUCUACUGGCAUGUAAUUGCUGCUGACAAGACCAAAAAGAAAGGGUACGUUCCCAAAUCUCAAGUCAGUCGAAAUAUCCAUGCCAUAAACAAACAUUAUGCGAAGUCCGGAAUCUCCUUCAAACUUGUCUCGUUGGAAUACACGAUCAACAGGGGUCCAGCCGACAUCAACGUCUACACAGUCGGAUUUAAUUCGGACGAGGGCGAUGGGUCAUUAGGUUAUGCGACUUUCCCGUCCACAUACACCUCCGACCCUCAGACGAUGGCGUUGUGA